CUCUUUCUUUUUCUUCAUUCGUUGAUGAAUAUACAACUACUCGUGGUGUUGGAAGAAAAUAAAUUGGUAUUUUUUCUUCUGGGUUGUGUGAGCUGAUUACUCAAUUAUAUGUUCCAUUUGAGGAAAAACUAAAUAUCUAAUGUUAAAUACCGAUUAUUUGCAAAAAAUCAAAUCAAAACAAAUCCGUUGUCCCCAUAAAUAACAACAAAUAAAUGGAAGAGUAUCAAAUUCAGGACAAUGGAGAAACAUUGAUUGAAACUGAUUACGAAGUUAGUGAAAUAUUUGAGGGCAGCGUAGAUUCUAAUGACAUUGAAGUGGUCGAUUUUGAGACCUUUCAGCAGCAACCACCGGAAGAUAGUUUUACCACAACGGCAACAAAUCCAAAGGAUUGUUCAGCAAUUAAAUAUCUUAACAAACGUAAAUAUAGUUUUGUUUGGCAAUAUUUUCAACCCGUCGUCGGAACAAACCAGUUUCAGUGUCUGUUGUGUCAAUCCUGUGUUGGCAGCCAAACUAGCAAUUUAGCCAGACAUUUGGCUUCUGCACAUGAUAUCAGCAAGCAAAGAGAUAAACGUUUAGAUAACUUAGUACGUAUACGUCCUAGCCGCAGUUUCAUUUGGAAAUACUGCACCAAGGAGGAUUCCAAACACGCCCGGUGUCAUCUAUGCAACAAGAUUUUAUACUUUGGUGGUGGUAAUACAGCAAAUAUCAGCAAACAUUUAAGACGUUUGCAUUCCGAUUUAAUUAAAGAGAAUAAGAAUCUUUCAAAUUCUAUAAAAAUGGAUGAUGAAACUAUGCAGGCCACAGCUUCGCUCUCUAACACAACAACCUAUCAUGAUGACGAACAAAACAACGGUGGACGGUCUAGUGCCGAUAUAACAUCGGCCGAACGUAAAGAACGUCGCGGAGCUAGCUAUGUUUGGAACUAUGUUGAAAAGCUUUCACGUCAUACGAUACGCUGCAGACUCUGCACCAAAGUAAUGUCUUUUCAUGGCACUGCCAAUGUUAUAACACACUUGCAGCGACGUCAUAAUGUACUCGGCGAACCGGGCUCACAAUUGAAUCAAAUUAUCAAUGCGAAACCAGAAACUUUUACUGAAUUAGAAACACAUGACGAUUACGAGCAUACUGAGUAUGAGGGUAAAAAAUUUGGUCGAAAAUCUCUAAGUACGGCCAGUGUAGUGUGGAAAUUUUGUACCCGUAUUAGUACGGAUCAAGUGAGAUGUUGUUUUUGCAAGAAAAAUCUUUCUUACCAGGGUACUUCGAAUUUACAACGUCACUUGCAUCGAAUGCAUGGUGUUAUAACACAUGGACGCCUUAGCAAGGCUACCGAAGAUUUUGUUGCCAUCAAGGAGGAUAACUUUAAGGUGCCAGCAAAUGUUGAUUUCAUUUGGCAAUUCUGUUCACAAUUGGAAGAAGAUCAACAACGUACAAAGUGUAAUAUGUGUGAUGCUCUAUUUGAGACAAAGGAUACGGAGACAAUAGUUAAACAUUUGGCCAUGGUGCAUUCGGUGGAAACUAAUAAUCAAAAUCUUAAUGGCGACAGUAAACCAAUUAUAAUGAGAACUAAAAAAAGGAAUAGACAUGUUGAUUUUGAUACUGAUGACGACGACGAUUAUGAUAGCAAAUGGGCAAAAUUAGAUGAUGCUGAGGACCAGCAAAUACAUACCGAAUUUGAUGAGACAAAUAUUAAAAAGGACGAUUCUUUAUAUGAUGAUAUCAUAGAGGAAGAUCCUAAUAAUUAUGAUGAAGAACCGUUUGAUCCCAGUCUAAUGCAGGACAUGCCACAAGCAAAUCCCUUGUCAGCACAUUCAUCACGUGCAAACUCACCUCAUCAACAAUCCUCUAUGCAAUAUCAAAGUCAACAGCAGCUACCACAAACACAAUUGCUGCAACCAACCAAUCUACUGCCUCCUCUAGAAGCAAAAGUACUCCUUAAACUGCAGGAAGAUCGUUUGCGCAUGGAAACUGAUUAUUUCCGCGAAAAAGCAGGUUACUAUCGCAUGCAAAAGUAUUUGACUGCUUUACAGGCGAAAAAAGCACGUAUAGAAUUAGAGCGUCUAAGUCGUGGCGAAGCGACCAUUGUAGCAACAACAGAUUUAAAUGGUGCCUAUGCUGUUGAAGUCAUACCAGAACAUCAUAUUGCAACUCAACAAUAGAAAGAGUAUUCUAGUUGAUUAUGUUGUUGGAUCAUCAAUUAAUAAUAGCAAUUAAAUUUAUUAUUUUAAUUUAAUAGCUAUAAAUCUAAAUACAUAGAAAAACUUUGUAACAUAAUGCGGACUCACGUUAGUAAUUUAGUUAUAUUAAAUACAUACAUACAUAUUAAAUAUAAAUUUUAG